AUGUCCGAUCGUUUGGGGCAAAUAACCAAGUCCAAGGAUGGGAAAAGCAAGUACUCCUCACUCAGCCUGUUUGACAAGUACAAGGGAAAAUCAAUAGAAUCUCAGAAAAACUCAGUUCCGCGACAUGGCCUGCAGAGUCUUGGCAAAGUGGCCGCAGCCCGGCGCAUGCCCCCGCCCGCUCACCUACCGAGCUUGAAGUCUGAAAACAAAGGAAACGAUCCCAACGUGAUUAUUGUCCCGAAAGACGGAACAGGAUGGGCAAACAAGCCGGAUCAACCCGAUCAAAAGAGUUCUGGUGCAUCAAUACCUCAGCUGCCGGAGUCGCAGCUGCAGCUGGCUUCUCAGAAGUCAGUCUCCAAUCUUCAGAAGCCUCCGCCAGUAGCCAAUCAGGAGAACAUAAACACAGGUGGACCAAAGCAAUGGGCCCAGCUAAAUGGAAAGGGAGUAGAGCAAGAUGGUUCAAGGGCCUUAAACCGACUUCAGCCCUUCUCUCACGAGGAAUUUCCCACACUGAAGGCCGCUGGAGAACAGGACAAAGCUGGCAAGGAAAGAAGCGGCUACGAUCCGUCGUAUGGGCCCGGACCAAGCCUCCGCCCGCAGAAUGUGACCAGCUGGAGGGAAGGAGGCGGCAGGAACCUCCAGCCCUCGUCCCUGACUCUUGGCCUGCCAGCGGACCUCGAGGGCAAACUCACCGCCCCGGGGGAGACGGGCACCCCUCCCGCCACGUCCCACCCUUCCUCCGCCACCAGCACUGCCUCAUCUAGCACCGUUGCGGCAGUCGUCCAGACGCCGAGCGCCGACCUCAAGGAGCCCUCCCUGCGUCCCGCUCAGCCUCUCCGCAGAACAGUGGUCCCCUCAGCCCUGCAGCAUCAGCUCCACCAUACCUCCAAUGCCGUCUACCAUGACAUGUUGCCAGCUUUUAUGUGCUCCAAAGAGACGCGUGAAACUUCAGGUACAGACCAUGUUCUUGCUACUGUUGCAGCACCAGCCCGAUUUGACAGCAAACCCACGUUUAGACAGACUUGCGCUAAACCUGAACUGGUCAAUGGCGACAUUCGAAGAGAGAACCGUUUUGUCCGCACGGCACCCCGGCUCUCGUCCCAGCCCAUCCGUCGGCCCAGCGACAGACCGCAGCGACCCGCCAUCAUUAACCCCGAGGAUCUGAAAGAUCUGGAUGACCUUGACAACGACUGUGAGGAUGGAUGGGCUGGUCUUCACGAAGAAGUCGAUUAUAGUGAGAAGCUCAAGUUCAGUGAUGAUGAGGAUGAGCACUCAGCCAGUGAUAAAAACAAGAUGUGGCCUGAGUGGGAAAGGGAGAAUCGACGCGACUGCCCGUCCUCCCUAAGCUCGGGUGAGGGCCCCGAUGAGAGUUAUUCUUAUCAACAUCAGGAGCCUUCGAGGAAGACCAACAACAGAUAUCUCUCUGCAGACACCCAAAAGAAUCACAGCGAGAUUGUACCUGACCCCGAAGACCACCAACGUCCGUCUCAGCCUCCAGCCAGGGCAAAGUUCGCAACGCCCGAGCUCUCUGAGGCAGUCGAGAGGGCGCGUAGACGUCGCGAGGAGGAGGAGCGCCGUGCCCGUGAGGAACGGCUGGCGGCCUGCGCAGAGAAGCUCAAAAAGCUGGAUGAGAAAUUUGGAAAGACCGAAAGGCAAACCUCGAGGACAGAGGAGGGUCACAAAGAUGGAGAGGGCAAAGAAGCCCCCUUGUCUCCCAGCAGGGAUCUUAUUAAAGCCUCCCAUGACAACUGCCAGUACAAUACAAAAGGUAAUGAAUGCUCCUCAGACAACUCACCUAGCCCUAGUUUCCGCGAGGAGCUCAGUUUCCCCGCCUAUCGCAGCAGUGAGGAUGACAGUCAGGAGCCCCCCUCCCCGUCUGGGGAUUACAGCGGACACCCUAGUUCGAAGCCUGUUCCACCACGCUUUCAAAAGCAACCCCAACAGCACCAGCAGCAGGAGCAGGCAUACAAGAUGCAGCACUGGCAGCAGUCUGGCCACCAAGGCUCAUCUGGAACAAGCCACACACAGCGGGGCUACUAUCCACCCCACGUCCUCGGUUUUGAUCCCCUCUGGAUGAUGAUGCCCACUUUCAUGGAUCCCCGCGUCAGCCAAGGAAGAUCACCCGUUGACUACUAUCCUGGUCAUAUCCACUCUUCUGGAAUGAUGAAACCUUUGAUGCACCAAGAUCGCCUGAACAGUCCCAGUUCUGAUGAAGGUCAUUCCAACCUGCACCAGGAGAGAAGAACCCCUUCUGCAGAGCCGUAUGGUGUCUGGAGCCAGGAUGGCUACCCCUUGCGCAGUUUUACUCCACCUUACCAGAGGCAGCAUGACAACCAGGACAACGGUCAGCUUGAUGACAGAAGCGAUUUAGCCUCUUCCCAGCAGGAGAUUUACGAGGACAAGGUCAGUGAUGGUGUGAACCAUUCCCAAGAUGAUCACCAUCACGCCUUCCAGAGUCGAGCCUCAGAACGAGACCACAUAGACCAGGCGCUGCUGACGGGUGUUCAAAUUCACACCCAGCAACAUGCAGAUAAUGAAUACCCCAAAAAAGACUCACAAGACCCUAAUCUGAAGAGUAGUCUUGAUUCGCAAGAUGAGAGCUUUGAUGGUUGUAAGCACAACUGGAAACGAGACGGAGGAAUCAGUGCUCAAAGCCAGUGGUCCAAUUCCAGUACUGGUGGCGGCCAGCCUAUAGAGACCUCCGGGCGCAUUUUGACACGCAGAACUGGACCAAUUAAGAAACCAGUUCUCAAGGCUCUGAAAGUGGAAGACAAGGAGAAUGAGAAGCCCAAACAGGAGCCUGAAGAAAAGCCUGUUCCAUACCGUUUGGAAAAGGAAGUCCUGACCAAUGUCUACGACUUAAAGAAGGACAGUCAGUCUGUCAGCAAUAGGCGUUCUGGGUCGCCCGUGGUGGUAAAACAGCUGGAAGAGAAGCAGCAUCAGCCUCCGGCUCCAACUAAAGUAGAGCGGCCGCAAGUAAUCGCCCAGAAUGAGAAUUCUUCCAGGGAGAGCGUCUGGGACACAAACAAAUUUCAGCUGCCGAGAGAUGUUCAGGAAAAUGCGGAGGCUCAGGUCCCUCGACGCAACAACUGGAUCUUCAUCGAUGAAGAACAAGCUUUCGGUCCUGUCUCAGGUUCCGGAAGAGGCCGCGGAAGAGGUUUUAGGGAUUUUAAUUCUCGAGGGGGAGGACGCGGAGUUCGAGGCGGAGACAACAUCAGAGGCGCCUACAACAACGGCACCGGUCAGGCUCAGCGUACGGGCAGAGGCCGAGCCCAGCUGAGAGAGCUGAAGGUGGAGGAGUUCCAAAGAGGCAAACCACGAAGACGUAAUGUCAGCGAGACACUCAGUGAAACCUCUGAGUAUGAGGAGCUACCUAAGAGACGGCGACAGAAGGGCUCAGAAAACGGAGAAAGUUAUGCUGAGUCUGGAGACUCUCGCAAAGUUGACCGGGAGUCUUGGAGAUCCAACAAGGUGUACACGGAAGACCAGGUUGCGGCUGAUUCCAGAGAAAAAGCCAAGACCAGCAGAGGUUUCGGCGGUCGCGUGUUGCCUCCCAGGCUGAAUACUGGAAACUAUACGAGAGGCUACGGCGGCUCAAGAGAGAUAUCCACCUGGAGGGGUCGCGGUCCCCAGUUUGGUAGCAGCAGUGCUUCCAUGCAAGAAAACGGUUACGGUCCCAGAACGGAUGCUUCUUUUUCACGUAAACCUGCUGAACGCGAGGCUCUCAAGUACCCCACAAAAUUUACUGGCUCUUUCCUAGAAAAUGGCUCCGAGGAUCGGGAGGGAGAAUACUACUUUGACCCUGAAAACCCUGACAGGCAGGCUCUGAGAAGGCGGCGCCCCCCACGUCAAGACAAACCUCCACGGUUCCGCCGCCUGCAGCAAGAACGCGAGCCGGGUUCCAACCAGUGGACCGGUGAAGAAUACGUAAACGGAGACUUCACAAACCCCUGGCCUGGCCGUCCUAAAGCAAACGGGGAAGACAACUGGUCCAGCGGCCUCUAUCCCGGAGGGCGCGGCGGCCAGCCCUCCCAGGCAGAAGAAUGGGAGACAGGAUCGGACAACAGCGAUUUUGGCGACUGGAGGGAGAAGCAAGGAGGGAGCGGCGGCACACCCGUGCAGGGACACGUCGACGUUCUUUCAGACUCAUGCCACGGCGAAGCGGGUUCUGUCGAGAAAAGGGAGCUUUCCAAGCGAAGCUUCUCCAGUCAAAGGCCGCUGAUUGAACGCCAGAACAGAAAAGGCGAACCCUCAAUGCUAGAGACUAAUAAGAUUGCACGUGCUCCUGAAAUCCCACAAUCUGCUUCCUCAAGCAGGAGUGACACUUGGCAGAAUGGAGGGGCCUCUUGUAAGAGUAGGAGCCCAGAUGAAUCAGGCCCCGUCUUUAGUAUUGAUCCGUCGGAGGAGCGGGAGCUAAGUGAAUCCUCAGCAAGUACCUUUGACAAACCAGGAUCCAUUAAACCUGACAUAGUGGAGCCUCUUCCUCAAUACGAGCUGACUGCUUACCCAAUCGAGGACAAUGCCGUGGGACCUAUUUCAAAUACAGAUCCUUACCAGGAUGCGUUGUCCAAAAAACAAAGACGUCCACAAGAUGAUGAUAGACGGCGAAAGGAGGGAGUUGGUGUGACAGUGAAGAACAGGUCAGUUGCAUCCAAGAUGCCACCGCGCUUUGCCAAGAAGCAAGGGGGCAUGAGCCUCGAACAACCAGAAGAAACACUUUCCUCGAGUAAUUUGGGAACAGAAAUCUGGGAGACGAACAGCUCCGCUCUUUCAGUGCAGUCCUCAGGGGGAGACUCGUGGACUAAACAGGUGUCUUAUACCGGUAGCGAGCCAAACUCUGAGGACUCGGAUGCAGGACCAGAGCAAAACAAAGAGCAGCACAAACCGGGGCCCAUCGGAAACGAGCGCUCUUUGAAGAACCGCAAGGGCUCCGAGGCAGUGGAUCGCCUGGAAGGCGGCCCCAUCACCCCGGUCAAUGGCGUGGACCUCCACGUGGACGCUGUGCUUCCCGUGCCCCCCAUAGAAUUUGGUGUCAGUGCCAAGGACUCGGACUUUAGCCUGCCGCCAGGUUCCACCCCAGUGCCUGUUUCCAACCCUGUCAAUAAGCUUCAGGAUCCCCUUGCCGUUAACACUAUUCCCAUGCUCUGCUCAAAUCACCUGCAGCCCGGCAUUAACCUCAAUCCCCUCUCCUUUCCAAGCACCGACCUCACACUUAAGAUGGAGUCGGCGCGCAAAGCAUGGGAGAACUCUCAGUCACUUCCGGAGCAGGGUUCUCCAGGCGCAGGAGCCUCGGGGGUGCCCCCUCCGUGCAGCGUGGGCUCAUCCAGCGGCGUCAGCUACAGCUCUUUCGGCGGGGUCUCCAUGCCUCCCAUGCCUGUGGCCUCCGUAGCACCUUCCAUGUCCAUGCAAGGUAAUCAUAUUCCUCCUUUGUAUUUGGAUGGGCACGUCUUUCCAAGCCAGCCUCGCUUAGUUCCACCCACGAUGACUCAGCAGCAGACCUACCAACAAGUAUGUGCGGCAGCGCAGCAGAUUCCCAUCUCGCUGCACACGUCUCUCCAGGCUCAGGCUCAGUUGGGUCUUAGAGGAGGUCUUCCUGUGUCUCAGUCGCAGGAGAUGUUCAGCUCAAUUCCCCCCUUUAGGUCGCAGGUUUAUAUGCACCCCAACCUGUCGCAGCCCAGCCCCAUGGUCUUGUCUGGCGGUGCGCCGCUGAAAGGGCCAUACUCGCCGUUCCCCACCAUGCAACCCUCAGACAUGGUCAAGUCAUCGUCGGGAUCACACUAUCAGCCCAUGAAUGGAAACCAACAGCUUGUAUACGACAGCCAGUUGAACCAGGGGCCCAGCAUGGGGUCGUCGCAGCUUUUGGAUUCUCAACUCAUCCAGGUGACCAUGCCCUUGCCCGCGUCUCAGCUGCGCUACGGCUCCGCCCAGCAGCACCUCAUCCUUCCUCAGUCCAUUCAGCUGCAGCAAGGCCAGAACCUGUCAGUGGGAGGGCCGCGUCGGAUGAUGCCACCCGGCUCGCAACCGUCCGUCAUGCCUGGCGGCAGAGAGGGCUCCCAGAUGGAAAUGAAGGGUUUCCAGUUUGCUGACAAGCCAAAUCAUUCACCAGGGAUGCCUGUGGGCUCCUAUAGGCCUGGAUCUGCGAGCCCAAGCGGAAAGCCGUCUGGCCCCGGAGGCCCGAUUGGACCAUUGCCCACCCAUCAUUAUACACAACAGGUCUCACCUGCUCAGGGCGGCUUGGUGAUGCACAUGCGUCCCCCCACCAGUGGCCCCUUCCCCAGCCCCAUCCAGAGACCGGUCAUGCAGGUCAACAAACCCGUCAUCAUACGCUCCCCCCCUUUCCCUAAUCCCGGCCGAGACCUCUCCCACACCACCCCUCCCUCGGCCCCCGAGCCCCCUAUCAAGGGGCCCGAGGAUGGCAUGAAGUGUAAAACCCUGCGAGAAGUGCGCAAAGCGGUCGGCGAGGCGCACGCGGGAGGCAUGACCAGCAAGCUCCAGGAGCCCCUAACCUCCACCGGCCACGGCAAACCGCCGCGCACGGGCGCCAUCAAACCUCAGUCGGCGAAAGCGGAGGAAGGCAAAGCGUAG